UGCUCUACCGGAUGUUUACAUUUUGAACAAGCAUGGCCGCCACAAGUUUUCAAAGAAAAGCACGAGUUAAACCAAAUCAAAUAGUUGGAACAAAACCAUCAUUAUUUAACAACCAGUUACUUAUAUCAUCAGGUGUACCUUCCCUCGAUAAUAUUAUAGGUGGAGGUCUAGCUGUUGGGACAGUAUGUUUAGUUGAGGAAGAUGUAUAUGGCAGUUAUGCACGCUUGCUGUUGAAGUACUUUUCUGCUGAAGCAGCAAUGACGGGACAUUCUCUGUUACUGACAAGUGCUGACCAGGACCCUGCACAAAUCAUGAAGGAACUCCCUGCUCCAAUAAUGGAUGACCCUGGUGAUGUGACACAUAGCAGUCUGCCUGAACAAUCAGAAAAACUGAAAAUAGCUUGGCGAUACCAGCAUCUAUCAGCCAGUCAGACAGCUCACAGCAGUACAAAAUUUGGUCAUUACUACGACCUAACCAAAGUCAUGGAACCUCAGCUAAUCUCCAGAAUAAAUCCAGCCCUGAUUGGGUCAGAAGAUCUAGAAAAAGGCUGUACAGAAUGUCAAGAUCUUAACCCCAAAUACAAAUAUUUAUUGAAAAGAAUCAAAGAGGAGAUUGACCAUGGGCACUUCAGUACAACUGAGCAGACAGACAAAAGGAAUAUAUUGAGAAUUGGUGUUCACUCCCUUGGGUCCCCUCAGUGGGAUGAAUGUGGGGGUCUUGCCAUCAACAGAGAAGAUAUUGAUUAUUCACUACCUAGGUUUCUAUUGGCUCUCAGAGUCUUAAUGAGGUCAGCGUUUGCUGUGUGUAUAGUUACCAUGCCAACACAUUUAUUUGAGAUUCCGGGUUUUGUUGGUCGAUUACGUAAAAUGUGUGACACGGUUUUACAUUUGGAAAGUUUUGCUGGUUCAGACAAAGAGAAAAAUCCUGCAUUCAAAGAAUAUCAUGGUAUGCAUAUGCAAGAAUAUAUGUGUUUUUAUACAUCCAUCUUUCAGGGGUGUGAUUAUUCCUCUUUUCUGAGGAAAUCUUCUGAUUUGCUCAAUUUUCGAAAAAAUGAAACACUCGAGAUUUCAUCUAAAGUGGCAGAAAAUGAUAUUUUUCAAGGUAGGGUGAGGUGUUUUCCUCCCUUUUUGACCAGUUUUCCUCUGAUUUCUGAGGAAUUCAGUCACAUCCCUGAUCUUUAGAUGGAUGUAUUAUGGUACAGCGAUGUCUGGAUGUGUGUCUGUUCAUUUGUUCAGGGUUUUCUGUUUCUAUUUUUAGUUCUCUUUCACAUAUAUUUCCUGAAACUCAUUGUGGGUCACUCUAGAUCAUGUGACAGUUUUGACCCAUUUUUACCUCUCAUGUAGGAGUUUAUUUGAAAUUUAAUGGUAUAGGGAGGGAAAUAAUUUGUUUGUAUAAGUCUUCCCACAAUUUUCAAGUGAGGACUUUCUUAUUAUACCUCCCGCAACAAAGUUGGGGUGGAAGGGGGGGGGGGUGUACUGAAAUCAGGUUGUCCGUCUGUAGACGCAAUGGUUUCCGGGCUCUAAAACGUUAUCCUUUCCACCUACAGUCACCAUAUCAUACAUUUGGACUACCCAUAGGACGAAGAUGUUCCCUAUCAAAUUUAUCUCUUAUCCAUUUCUCCCUAGAGAAGAGACUACCCAAGGUUUUGUCAUGCCCUUUCUUUUUUACACUCACGAAAGUGGUAAUUUAUACCUAUCAACAACACCCUUUGGGAGAUUGGGGUAAGCGGAGGGUAUUCUUAGUGAGCAUUGCUCACAGUACCUCUUGUUUUACUGAGUGUUUAUAUGGCUAUUGAAGAUUUGCAUGUGGGAAGGAUUUUGAUUUUCUUUAAUUUUUGAGAAAAUUACAGGUUGUUGAACUUAGUUAGUUUUGAGGAAAUAUUACAAAGAUAUUUUUUCCAUUUAACUCCUUUCACAGUUCUAAAGCUAAGGCCUUUGUAUACAACUGGAAGAUGUGCAUAUUGCAAAGAUUUUGAUUCUCCACAAUUUCCUAAUUUUCUUUGAUGUUUGAAAGCAUUAUAAGUUGUUGAACUUGGACAAAUUUGGAGAAAUAUUUUACACCCGUAGCUCUUGGUUUGUCUACCUAUCUUCUGUCACAGUUUUUAAGCUAGAACCUUUUAUUCAUACGAUGCAAAAGAAAGUAUGUCAUAACUUGAUAAUGGCUUAUAUUACAUUAAGUAAAGUUCUAUGACUCUUAGUGUAAGAAAACACCCUACAUAAGCUUGUGAAUUGUGUAAUGUUUCUAUGACUCUUAGUGUAAGAAAACACCCUACAUAAGCUUGUGUACUGUUUCCUAUCCUCUUCUUUUUUAAUAUCACUAAGUAUUUAUUUUAUAAAAAGUAUAAUGAUAAAGUACAUGUAUAUAUAAUAGUCACUUCCUUGAAGAUGAGUUAAUAAUUAGAACAUGGUGAAGUGCACAUCUGCACAUGCACACAAAUAUUUAUAUCAACUAUUCAUGUGGUCUGAUGGUUUUUAGCUCACCUGCACUGAAAGCCCAAGUGAGCUUUUCUGUCAUCCAUCUGUCUGUAAACUUUUUACAUUUUUGACUUUUUCUCCAGAACAACAGGGCCAAUUUCAACCAAACUUGGCAAAAAGCAUCAUUGGGUGAAUGGCUUUCAAGUUUGCUCAUAUGAAGGGCCAUGCCCCCCUUCAAAGGGGAGAUAAUCACAAAAAUGCAAAAAUAGGGUAGGGUCAUCUAAAAAAUCUUCUCAAGAACCACUGGGCCAGAAGAGCUGAAAUUUACUUGAAAGCUUCCUGACAUAGUGCAGAUUCAAGUUUGUUAAAACCAUGAUCCCCUGGGGUAGGUUGGGGCCACAGUAGGAGAUCAAAUUUACAUGUGAAUAUAUAUUGGGAAAAUUUUUACAAAACGGCCAAGGUGACUCAGGUGAGCAAUGUGGCCCAUGGGCAUUAUGUUUUAGAUAGAUGUGUCUUUUUAUGUGUGUCUCAGUAUAGAUGUGAUUUAUAUAGAUGUGUGUGUGUGAGAGAGAGAGUAUAAUUACAAAAGCUGAUUAGGAUCACUUACAAAAAACAUUUAUAAAGGAGUAAUGUGAAUCAAAGGCAUUACAUUGCAAAAAGAAGGCAAAACAAUGCAAAGCAAAGGCAUAAUAAUGCGGAUCUAAAAGGGGUAAUAAUGCAUAUUAAAAGAGGUGUUAUGAUACGAAAGAAAGGCAUAAUAACGCGGAUGAAAGGCAUAAUAAUGCAAACAAGGGGUAUUAAUGUGAAAGAAAAGUGUAAUAAUGGGAAUCAAAGGCAUAAUAAUGCAAACAAGGGGUAUUAAUUUGAAAGAAAAGUGUAAUAACGUGAAUCAAAGGCAUAAUGAUGUGAAGUUAAGACACCUUUUAAAACUAGCGUAAUAAUGUGAUUCAAAAGGCAUAAGAAGGAAAAUUAAAAGGCCUUAUUACACCUUUGAAAGGCAUUAUAAUACAAAGUGAAAACAUGCAAUAACGCAAAAAAGACGUAAUAACGCAAAUCAAAACGUGUUAUUACGCCUUUCAUUAUAGGGCAUUAUAAUGCGAAGUAAAAAGGUGUAAUAAUGCAAAACAAUGCAGGCAAGAUAAGGAACCCCCUAGGAUUAUCGUUUUCUGACCUCAGUAUGGGCUGUAGAGGUACCACAUGGAGCUAAGUCAAACAUAUAGAAUCCUUAAAAGGGGUUAUAUAGGCCCUUAAAGGUAAUUGAGUACCCAUUUUACAAAAUGGAGGUCAUAAUGAAGUCUAAUACCAAUUAAUCAUUGAAGAGUCCACAAAAAGGAGUAUGCAGGCAUGAUAGGGGACCUCUAGGACUAUCGUUUUCUGCCCUCAGUAUAGGGCUGUAGGGGUACUACCUUUUCAAUGUAGAAAUGUUUAAGAUAAUUCCAUCUGAAUGAGCUAAUCUCACUAAAAUUUCUGUGUUAUUUCCAACUUGAAAGAUAACUUUAUUAAUUGUUUGUAUUGAACAUUCUGCAUAAAACACUACAAUGUGUUUAGCAUACACUGUUUAUAUAACUUUCGUUUGCAAUGUUACACUUUCCUCUUACAUUAUAAUGCCUUCUUUAUCCAUGUUAAUAUGCCUUUGUAUUGCAAUAAUACAACUUUGUAUUGCAUUAUGACGUCUUUAAUUUGCGUUAGUACAUCUUUCUUUCACGUCAUUAUGCCUUUGAUUCACGUUAAUACACUUUUCUUUCACAUUAAUACGCCUUCGUAUUGUGUUAUUAUGCCUUUCAUUCACGUUUUAGUCCUUUCUUUCACGUGAUUAAGUCUUUGUUAUGCAUUAUUAUGCCUUUUAACUCUGCAUUAAUAGAAUUAAUGAAUUAUUUUACAGGUUUGUCAUUUAGUCAUAGUACUCUAAUUAUGAUGUUACAAUGAAAAGUUCCCCACAAUAUAAAAUAUCUGCAUGUGCACAAUGUUAGUUUUUCAAUAAUUAUAGGUCUGCAUUAUUGUUCCCCACUAUACUCACAUUUAUAUACCAUUGUUUGUGCUGUUUUACAUAUUACACCGUACUCACAUUUAUAUACCAUUGUUUGUGCUGUUUUACAUAAUACACUGUACUCACAUUUAUAUACCAUUGUUUGUGCUGUUUUACAUAUUACACUGUACUCACAUUUAUAUACCAUUGUUUGUGCUGUUUUACAUAUUACACCGUACUCACAUUUAUAUACCAUUGUUUGUGCUGUUUUACAUAUUACACCAUAUUCACAUUUAUAUACCAUUGUUUGUACUGUUUUACCUAUUACACCGUACUCACAUUUAUAUACCAUUGUUUGUGCUGUUUUACAUAUUACACCGUACUCACAUAUAUAUACCAUUGUUUGUGCUGUUUUACAUAUUACACUGUACUCACAUUUAUAUACCAUUGUUUGUGCUGUUUUACAUAAUACACUGUACUCACAUUUAUAUACCAUUGUUUGUGCUGUUUUACAUAUUACACUGUACUCACAUUUAUAUACCAUUGUUUGUGCUGUUUUAUAUAUUACACUGUACUCACAUUUAUAUACCAUUGUUUGUGCUGUUUUACAUUUUACACUGUGCUGAUGAACUCAUGGACAUGUGUUAGAUAUGCAAAAUUCUGCUGAGAAAACCCUCGAUUUUUUACACAGAAGCAAAAUGGUAAUACUAUAUUGCUACGUUUAUGAAAUAACUAUCCAAAGCUAAACAAGUCAUUUUUUUAACUUUCGUAAAGCUUUUAAAUUUCAAGAACAAGGAAUGACAACAUUUGAGCCAACUUCAUUUUCCAGCUCAACCUGUUGAGCAAAAAAAAAAACAAACAACCUUCUAAUCAAUCAGGCAGCCAGUGCCAGUAACAAUUUUAGUGUACGUGUUCAGUUGUACCAAGUACAGGAGUUUGUAUGUAGUAUAGAAUUGGUUUGUAUGCAGUAUGGAAUUUGUAUGUAUUGAUCAAAAUUUAAUAGCAACCUCUUUUGUCUUUAUUUAGGUUUGUUUAAUAUAGUUCAGCUUCCACGUCUUAAUUCCCUGUUAUGCCAUAUGCCAGAUACUCUCGAUUUUGCAU